ACUGUAGCCUACUCCAAGUGGUACCGGUACGUGUACGUGAUUGGUCGCACAAAAUCCGAUUUCCACAACUCGAACAAGCACAACAGCAAAACAAACCCAACCGAUUUCAGUAGCCAACACGACCACCAUGAAGCUCUCUGCUUGUCUUGCCCUCUUCGCACUGGCUGCAUCGGCCGACGCAUUUGCUCCCAUCACUAACGGAGCUCCGAAAGCUACUUCGACUGCUCUCUUCGGAGGAGUCGGUAUUUGGUACUCGUCCUCCACCGGAAACACAGAGACAGUGGCAGACUACAUUGCCUCUGCUGCUGGAGGAUUGGACUACAACGACAUUGGCGAUGCAACGACCGAGGAAAUCGAAGGAGCGGAUGCCUUGAUUGUCGGAGCCCCGACAUGGCACACGGGAGCCGACGAGCAACGCUCGGGAACUAGCUGGGACGAAUGGCUCUACGACACCCUGCCCAGCCUGAACAUGGACGGGAAGAAAGUUGCUGUCUUUGGAGUCGGAGACCAGCAAUCCUACACGGACAACUUUUGUGAUGCCGCCGGAGAGCUUUACGACUUGCUGUCGGCCAAGGGGUGCAAAAUCUACGGCUUGACGUCGACCGAAGGAUACGAUCACCAGGCCUCGAAGGCAAUCGUCGAGGGCGACAAGUUCUGUGGCUUGAUGUGUGACGAAGACAACCAGUACGACUUGAGUGAGGGCCGGGCCCAAUCCUGGAUUGCCCAACUCAAGGACGAAGGGUUCUUCUGAGCUGCAGAAAAUGCCGCUCUGGUGUCAUGUACAUUCUUCUCUGGCUGCUGAGUAGAAACCUCCUCAACAGACUAAACUAGAAAGUACAGUAAAUUGAA